AUAAUCUAUAAAUAUAAGAUAACAAAUUGUCUCUCACAAAUCAUAUUUUUAUCUGAUAAAUAUCUUAUUUUAAAAAUCUUACCUGUUUGUAAUUUAUAUUGUUUUACGUGAUUUAUCGAGUUUGUUUUUAAAUAAUAUAAGUAAUAAUAUGACGUUAAGUGAUAAUCACAGUUAAUCUCGGUUAAAUUGUUUACAUUAUGUAUUAUUUUUAUAAGAUUGAUUUAAAAAUUGAAAAAAAUACAGAAUUGAUAUGCAUUAUAUUUCGUAAAAUUGAUAUAUAUAUAUAUAUAUAUUAUUUAUGCACAUACAGAUAUGAAAUUUAUAGAUAUAAUAUAGAUUGUCUUUAAUCGAUAUCUGAUGUGAUAAGUAAUAAUUGAUAUAAUUUAAUUGAUGUACAUUGAUGUACACAUGUAUCACAAAUACACAAAUACAUCUUUAAAGAAUUUAUUAUAUAAAAGACUAUUUCAGCUAUUGAAGCCAUUUCAGUUAUUAAAAAUAUUUUAAAAAGGUAUCAUUCAUGAAGAUGCUGAAAAUAUCUUAUAUUCUAUUUUGCAUAUUGCCGUUGAUCUUGGCAAUACCAUUUACGGAACAGGAAAAUGAAUUAAAUGAAAAUCUUUAUUCAAUAUUUGACAAAGUGUUAAGUCCUGACGAAUUAAUACGCAAGGAGGGUUACACUGCUGAAACUCAUCAAAUCGUGACGGAGGAUCGAUAUAUUUUAGAUGUGCACAGGAUCUCAGAAUCCCCAAAAAGUUCGACUAAAAACAAACCAGCAGUAUUACUUGUUCAUGGAGUGUUUGAUUGUUCAGCUACUUGGCUUAUACCUGGACCAGGAAAGGGUUUAGGUUUCUUGUUAGCAGAUUUAGGAUACGAUGUAUGGAUGAUCAAUGUACGUGGGAAUAGAUACGCACGAGAACAUUUAGAUAUGAAUAUUUUAGAUAAAAAUUAUUGGAAUUUCAGUUGGCAUGAAAUUGGAGUGUACGAUAUUCCAGCAACAAUUGAUUAUGUUCUCGAAAAAACUAACAAAGAAAAGAUUUUUAUCAUAUCGCACAGUCAAGGUGGUUCGGCUUUCUUUGUAACGGCUAGUGAGCGUCCAGAAUAUCAAAACAAAAUUAUCGCUAGUUUUUCUAUGGCUCCUGCAGUUUUCAUGUCUAGAACAAACAAUCCUUUAUUUAAAAUAUUAGCUCCAUUUAGUAAUGAUAUCAAGUAUUUAACAAAAUUAAUAGGCAUGUAUGAAUUUAAACCAACGAAUAAACUUAUACAGAUGCUUGGAAAAAAACUUUGUAAGGAAGGCGAGUUAUUGCAACCAAUAUGUCAAAACAUCGUAUUCCUGUUUGGUGGCAUCGAUAAAGAACUUAAUAUGACUCUAUUGCCUCUCAUUACUCAAUAUGAUCCUGCUGGUUCAUCUGUGAAUCAAUUUGUGCAUUUUGCGCAAUUAAUUCAUUCAGGUAAAUUCCGAAAAUACGAUUAUGGCAUUAUUGGUAACUUAAAAAAGUAUGGUAAGAUUCAACCUCCUGAUUAUGAACUUGCUAAAAUUAAAAUACCGGUACAUUUGUAUUAUGCAGCCAACGAUAUGUUUAUCAAUGUCGAGGAUUUGAAUGAUUUAUAUAAGGCAUUACCCAAUGCUCAGAAAUUUUUAGUACCUUCUAAUACUUUUGCCCAUCUUGAUUUUGUAUGGGGCAAACAUGUAGACGUUUUGGUAUACAAUCAAAUUUUCGCUUUUAUGGAACGAUACAAAAAAGAACAAUUAAUUUAAUACCUAUAAUUUAUUAUUUAAAAUGUAUAUUUUUAAAUUGAUAAAAAUAUAAAUAAUAUAUGAUCACAAA